AAAUGGUUGGUUUGUCUUCACCGGAAAUGGCUCAUAUCCCUGUUGGCAGUUUAACGCCACAAGUACAUUGGUAUUUGAUUCAGACUGCAUCUCAAAACACUCCAUGGAACUUCCUACAACCCUAGCCCAGGCCACCUCUACACUGUCAGAUCUUCAGCGUACCCAGUGGAUCGACCAAUAUACAAAGUGGUUGGUUCUGGAACUGUCGUUGUACUACCCGUCCCGCAAGCUAUUCAGCAGCCUACAGAUGACCGUACAUAAGACAAAUAUUGGUCAUAUUUCUACAUCUGCAACCGUUAGGACGUACAGGCUGUUCCAGUAUGAAAACACUUCUGAUUAUGGCGUGAUGAUAGCCCACAUCCUCUUUAUCGUAUUUUUCCUUGCUAACCUCAUAAUGGAAGCGAUGGUUAUCAAAGAGAAAGGCAUGAAGUACUUCUUUUCUAUCUGGAACUUGAUUUCUUUUGUGAGCAUUAUUGGAUCUGCAGUUCUCAUCUGGGCCUUUGGAAUGAGGUACCAUUUUGCAUCUGAAGCACUGAAGAAAAUAGUGGAGGCAACAGGCUAGUAUCAUUUUAGUUUCUCCCGUUGAGGUUCAUAAAAGUAAUAAAAAAAUUUCGACGACGUACUAGUAUUUGUGUCGUAGGAUAGCAUCGACAGCUAUAUAAAUAGGACGUUUGCCGUAUUAUGCAAAUUACACCGUGAUUACUCAUUUUUUCAACAAAUUUUUAUCUCAUAAUAAUCGUUUUUUUCACCCGAUCUACAUUUUCUAGGUGAAAGUGGAAUAGACCAUUUUGUUAAUUUUGAGUCUACCUCCCGGUGGGAUGAGGCAUUUAAAUCCGUGCUAGCCAUGUUAGUCUUCGUUAACACUCUGAAGUUGCUCCGCGUGGUCCGCUUUAGCAAGACCAUUGCCAAGUUCAUCGCUCUGCCCGGUGCCAUGAAGAGUGGUCUGAUAGGCUUUUCUGUGACAAGUGCAAUAGCCUUCAUGGCCUUUAGUUCUUCAGGUAUGGUGGUGUUCGGGACACAUAUGAAGGCCUUCAGCAAUGUGUUACACACAAACUACGCACUGCUCGAUAUGUUGCUUGGCAGGUUUCUUGCUAAAGAAAUCUUGGAAGCGAACCCAUAUGUUGGUCCUGUCUACUUCACGUUCUUUAUGGUAUUCAUCUACAUAAUCCUGGUCAAUUUCCUGGUAACCAUCAUCUGUGACGCCAUUGCUUCCGAUGCAUCAAUUGAUGAUGACUAUGACCAGGAGCUGGCAGAUUACAUCUGGAAAAGUCUCCAUCAGAUAUUCGGGAUUCAGCCACCUCCAACAUCACAUGUAAAAACAGGCGAAGAGAGCCUUACCGAGCUGAAUGCAAACUUGCGUAUGAUAGAAGAAUCCUUAGAUGACACCUUAGACGUUGCACGCAGUAUAUGGCCAGCAAAUACGAGUGAUGAACCAUCCUUCAACUUACAAGGACAACAUGCCGCAUCAAGUUUUCUCCCCACAAAGCAACUAGAUACAUACGAAUCGGCUAAUGAAGUUGUAAAACCAUCAACUUCAGCCAUGUCUGUUGUCUAUGAUCAGGUCAAAAGUGUCCUAGAAACACACGAGGCUGACGCCGCAAGGCUUGAAGAAGUACAGAUGGAGAGCAGACGACGUGCGAGAGCCACUGUUCAAAGAAAACUAGCAGCGAGAAGGUUUAUCAAGAAAGCGGGGCGUGGUGGCAAAAGACUGGGGACCAUCGUGGAAAAGGCGGAGGAACUAUUAGAGCAACACGCCGCCGACACGGCACGGUUGGAGCAUCAGCACAAGAGCAAUAGACUUUUAGUCGAAAGUAAAGUUCGACAGAAGCUGGCAGCUCGCCGCAUGGUUAAGGACAAUAAAAAGUAG